CAUACCCAACCCAUUAUCAAUGGGUAUACUUGGGUUUGGGUAAAAUUACCCAUGGGUGGGUAAUUUGCCAUCCCUAAGCAUGCCAUGUGAUCAUGACGAUGUUCACGGAGAUGAGGAAGAUGCGGAGGAGAAUGGCGAAGGAGAGCAGCCUAAUUAUCCUCCAUAUUUUUACUUGCAGGGUAUGAAGAGGAUGACGAAUUAUCAUAUGCUGAUUCAUAUGGCGUAAUUCCAAUGCCUAUUGUUGCUAGUUUUGAAGGGGAAUUCUACAAGGGGCAGAUAUUUCACUCAAAACAAGCUGCACAAGUGUCAAUUAAAUACCACGCACUACAACGUAACUUUGAAUAUAGCGUGGUGGAGUCGUCACCUUCAAUCUGGAAGGUCAGAUGUUUGAAGCACAAGGAUGACAAUUGUCCUUGGAUGGUGCGAUUUGGAUGUCGAGAUGUUGAAAGCGAUUGGACUGUGAGAAAGGUCGAGUUGGUGCAUUCUUGUAGUAGUACGACUCAACCGACAGAUCAUCGCCAUCUUGAUGUCGAUAUUAUAUCUGAGUCCGUCAAUCAUUUGGUACGUGCCCAACCAAAUCUGAGUGUUCUAACUGUGCAAGCCGGGUUGAAAGAUAAAUUUAAUACGCAAGUUACUUACAAGAAGGCUUGGUAAGGGAAACAAAGAGCAUUGAAGAAGUUGCAUGGAAAUUGGGAAGAAUCCUACGAUUAUUUGCAAACAUUCUUGCGGGUGGUAAAGAGAAAAAUGCCAACAUCAGUGAUUGAUUGGGUAAGAGUUCCUUCAGCUCAACCAGGUCAUUCGAUCUUUCAGCGAGUAUUCUGGGCUUAUGGACCUUGUAUAGAUGGAUUCAAGAAUUGUCCAGGAGUCAUGGUUGUUGAUGGAACAUUUCUUACUAGAAAGUAUAAAGGAGUGCUACUCAUGGCGAGCUCAUUUUAUGGCCGGAAGAAGAUUUUUCCAAUAGCAUUUACCAUCGUGGAAAGCGAGAAUACUGAUAGUUGGCCAUGGUUCGUAAAUCACCUUCAAGGUUUGACAGAUCGAAAUGAUGUCUACAUCAUCUCAUAUAGACAUGCGGGACUCUAUGAAGCCAUGAGUGACAUUGGAAUAGGUUGGGAAUGGAGGUGGUGCAUGCGACACUAUGCAAGCAACUUGCAAAGAAAGACUAAAAGCAAAAUUAUGUAUAAGCAACUAUUUCGAGUCGGUAAGCCUUCUUCAUUUAAUUUGUUAAUUAUUUUAAUGUAUUAAUUUUGUCAUGAAUUUAUCUAACUCAUGUGGUUAUUUACUUUGUUAGCCGGAGAAAAACGCUUGGAGAAGUUUGAUCGUCAAGUUGAGUAAUUUAAGAAGGUCGCCGCUGAUAGAAAUAUUUCUUGUAUAACUGGGUAGACCAACAUCAAAUUCGUUGGAGCUUAGCACAUGAUCACUAUAAUGGUGGGCGUCGAUGAUCUAUCUUGUCAUCCUACAUGGCAGAAGGCAUCAAUAGUGUUUUCAAAUGUAUUCAUUCACUUACUAUAGCUUCUCUUGUGCAACAUACUUAUUGGCGAUUGUUGGAGAAAUUCGAUAAGAUGAGAUUGGAGAUAGAAGCACAAAUCAGAAGUGGUCGUUCACAGUACACCAUCAAGUGCAAAGAGAUGAUGAAGCCAUGUUCACAAAAGGCAGUUGGACAUUCCGUGACGGGGGUUGAUCGACGUCAAGGCAUCUAUGUAGUUCAGACUCCUCCCAACAAUUUCAACAUGACGGGUUCGAACACACUCAUAGUGCACUUCGACAACAACAACCGGGCGGGAUUUUGCACUUGUGGGAAAUUUCAAGGAAAUAAAAUUCCUUGCUCUCAUGCCAUUGCAGCUUGCAACCGAAUGGGGGCUAAUCCGUAUAGGUUUGAAAACGAUGUCUACAAGUUUGAAACAGUGUUGGCUUGUUAUAGGACAAGUUUCACACCUCUUGGUGAACCUAAGGAUUGGAAGAACCAUAAUGGUCAUAUUCUCCAUCCUAAUGUGCACAUGAUUAGGAAGCCAGGGAGGCCACGAGUUACAAGAAUUCACAACGAGUUGGAUUGGCCAAGAGAGGGUGUAUCACAACAAGUGUGUAGCAACUGUAACUAAAGUGGCCCAUAAUGCAUCAACUUGUGGUGGCCAAGCAAGUGGGAGUGGUAGCCAGCGAAGAGGAAGUGGUGGGCAAUGACGUGUGAGAGGUGGUGGAAGAGGAAGUAGUGGUAAUUGACGUGGUAUGUAGUUUGGUCGAAUUUAGUAGUUGUUAUGGUUUGAAGUAGUGGUUGUUUUUCAAGUAGUUGUUAUGGUUUGAAGUAGUUGUUGUUUUCCACUUGUAGGUUGUUGAUGUUGUUUUUCCUCUGUUUGCGGCGGGGUGGCUUCUGUCUGGGGUGACGGCGGCGUGGCGGGUCUGGUUUUUCGGGCGAGAGUGGUGGCGGUUGGGGGGUGUGGUGUGGGGGGAGGAAGAAGAAGAAGAUAAGAAAGGCUGGCUGCUAGGUUUUUAAAAAAAUGACUGGUGGACGGCGGGGCGCUGGAGACUCAAACCCCAACGCCUAUUACUGGUUUUAUAAAUUCAAAACGCGACCCUGCCUGAGUCUCUGGCGGCCGCGCCUACAACCCUACACAAAUACACUAUAUUUGUGUAAAUAGUUUUUAAUCCUUGAUGGUAAAUUAAAAAAAGGCAAUAUAUAUGUCAUUAACCCUAAACUAUUCCACAUGACUUAAAUUGGAUCAAUUUCAAGUUUGUCAUAGAAAUUAUUAAAAAAACUUCGCCUACGAUCAAUUUUAUUUUCACUAACUUUAAGUUUUGAUAAAUCUCUUUUUAGUCUACGUACUGUCUAAAUUUGACAAAGAGAUCCAUGGAUAGUACUGUGAUGUCUAGGGUUUGGAUUCAGGUUCAACAUGAACUACCAGGAGAAUUGGAUCAACAUGACAAGUCGAAUUGGCAUUUUGUUUCACCAUGUUUGGAUCAAGCUGGGGAGUAAAAAGGGCAGUGAGACACUUAUGGUUACACGAGUGCUGCAAGCUAGGGAAACUUAUUUGAGAAAAAGGUACCAACGAAGUUGUUAUAGUAAGAAUAGAUGAUCGUGGGAGGGAAGUAUAAGAAGGGUGUGGAUAGAAGGAUGAGUUCCGAGCAAAUUUCGUGGAAAUUUUUUUUUUGUAAGGGUGGAGGAAAUGUAACACCCCGGUAUUUUAGAUUUAGGUUCGACCUUUAAUACGUGAUCGGUUGGGUUGACGGUUGCGUACUAAGAGUUACAAUCGCGGAUUAAGAAUAAUAAUAUUAUAACAUUAUUUUUAUUAUAAUAUUAAUAUUUUUUUUAAUAAAAAAAAUAUAUACAAAGGGAAGGGGGCCGAGCGGCCAAACCCUCCCCUCCCCAUUUAUAUUAAAAUCCCCAUCCUCCCCCCUUUUAUUCCCAGCAGCAGCAGCAACUUCCACCCGCCGCCCUCUCUAUUUAUUCGCCCAAUCAAAUAAACGCCGCCCCUGCUCCUCGUCACGACGAGGGGAAAAGAAGAAGGGGUCGCCGAUUCCGAUCUCGAUCCCAAUCUCAAUCUGAAUCUCAUCCCUUUCAUGUUUCUAGGUAAGGAUCACGAACCCCUUCGCGAUUUCUAAACUCGAUUUAUCGGUAGACUAAUCCGAAGCUCGUAUUUUUAUUAGCGGUGACGUUGAGGGUUCGAUCAACAAGGAGAUCAACGUCCCGGGUCAUCCAACCUAGGCCUAGGCACGUUCUAGAGGUAAGGGAACUCGAUCCCUUUGGGUUAGAUCGAUCGAUUUGGUGAUUUUUUGUGAGGGUGCAAUUCUGAGUUUUUAGCAACAGGCGUUACAGGCUUUUAGAGACAGAUUUUGGGUGGUCACUAAAGCUGCUGGGAAUUUCCAGAAACGUAUUUUUAGAUAUUUUAAAUUGUUUUGAGUCUCUCUGAAGGUUGUUUUCUGAAUUUAAUAAUUUUAUAAACUGCGCAACGUCUAGGACAUGAUUUUAAUUUAACUUAGGGAUUUUUGAAGAUGUAUUUCUAUUUUUAGAAAUUGUUCGAAUAUUUGUUUUAAUUAAGUAAAACUCUUUCCGAGGGGUUUUAAAGGGUUUGAUAAUUUACCAGCUGCUCAUGAUUGACAUGGGAAAAUUAUUGUCCAAACUUAUAAGAAGGUUCAAGAUAGGUUUAAAAAUUCGUCCAAGAUAAACAUAGUUAAGAAAAAUGGUCGUUUUUGAAUGGAUUAAUUCUAGAAAAUUUUAAUGGGGUUAAAGGACCUUUGGAAUGAGGUUCAAAGACUGGAGUUUGAGGAGAGGAUGUUCUAGUGAUUCAAAAGGGGUUUUCAAUCGAGAAAGGUCGUCUAAGAAAAUGGAUUCUUAUUAAUAGGUUUCCCCAAGAUAAUCAGGCUAAGGAGGGGUUUCUUCGAGGAAGGAAUUGAGGAUUCAUCUUUUCGAGGUGAGUGUAAAGGGAGUAAAAUCUCAGUCGUAGGCCUUUUAAUUUACGCCUGCUAUUUCAAGUUAUUAUUUAGUUAAUUUUCUAGUAUGCGUGAUAUGUGUGUGAGGCAUCCCACCGCCUGUAAGGGUGGAGGCACGCGUUGUGCUAUGUAUGAAUGUAUGUAUGUUUGUAUGGUUGAUGGUAUGAGGAACCCCCGGGCGGUUGGGCCACUACUGGACGCGGUAGAUGGGCGGGUCACUGCUGGACGGCGAGAGGUAACGCAGCAGUCGAUCAAGUAUGUUGGGGUCACUACUGGACGGCGAGACGUAACGCAGUAGUUGACGGGCAUGGAUUGGACGGUGAGAUGUAACGCGGUUGGCAUACUAGGGUAGGACACCGGACGGCGAGACGUAACGCGAUGGUCCCAGUGUUUUGGUGUUUGAGUUAAGGAUAAAAGUUGAGAACCUCUAUGAGUUAAAGUUGAAAGGAUUUAUUAAGAACCUAAGUAAGGGAAUUCUAAAGAUAAGAUAAGAUAAGAGUAGAGAUCUCUUAUAGACUGUUUGAUAGUAAAGUUUAAAGGAUGAAAGUGAGAACGACUUUCCUCUAAGGAAGGCAUUCCCCUAAUAAUGUGUUUAGUAAGGAGUUUGCCUAGGGCAAAGACCUUAGGAAGUAACGACGAGACUAACCCCUUCUCACUCACCAGGUUGAGGAUAGUAUAACAGAAGUGGAUCACGAGAAGAAGCAGGGCGAGGCGAGCAGCAGUACCAGCGUCGACGGGAUAUCGAAAAGCUCAUGAGGAGUCAAGUUAGAUUAGUUAAUUAUUCUGUCUCAUGGUUAUUAGUAUAAACUGGAGAUUCUGUGUUAAGUCGUUUUAAGUGUUUGAGAUUGAGAAUUUUGCCCAGGUGUUGGGGCUUUUCGUUAAGAAUUCUUAAAUGAUGUCAGUUUGUUUAUUUUAAAAUGUGGUUUGGGUUGCUCCGGAGUAACCGGUUUUUGGUUUGAGUAAUGGUUUGGUUUUUGAAAAGAGACAGGACGUGUCAAGUACUCUUAUCAUGUGCCACACUAACCAGUAGGACUGAAAAUAAUCGAUUAGAGGUGUCAAAUAGAUUGAAUUUUAUGGA